AUGGAGGGCCAGACCUCGAAUCCCGCCCCCGCUGGGAACUCCAGUGACUUUGUACGCAAAUUAUAUAAAAUGCUGGAGGACCCAUCCUAUGCGUCUAUUGUUCGCUGGGGUGAUGAGGGUGAUAGCUUCGUCGUGCUAGAGUGCGAGAAAUUCACCAAGACGAUCCUACCAAAACACUUCAAGCACAGCAAUUUUGCCAGUUUUGUUCGCCAACUGAAUAAGUAUGAUUUCCACAAAGUCCGACAAAACAACGAGGAGAGUGGCCAGUCGCCGUAUGGUCAAAAUGCGUGGGAAUUCAAACACCCCGAGUUCAGAGCCAACAGCAAGGAUUCACUCGAUAAUAUCCGACGGAAAGCACCUGCACCCCGUAAACAGGCCCAGAGUACCGAUGACUCGGCCCCAACUCAACAGAUUGACUUGCUAAACCAGCAAGUCAUCGCCCAACAGCAACAAAUUCAACACCUCUCAGACCGUUACGCACAGCUCACAGUGGACCACCAGCUUAUGCUUCAGGAACUAAUGCGCGUACAAAAGACUGUUUUGAAUCAUGAGAAUGUCAUUCAUCAAGUGAUGAACCAUUUGCUCUCGGCAGACGCGCGUCGAAGGGGUAACAAGGCAGCUGUCGCAUUUCAGGGACAAAGUGGUUCGACCAUGAGUCCCUCACAGGUUGGGGCUGUAGAUGACGAGACAUCAUCCCCUCUGCAGCAGGCCUCGAAGCUGCUGAGCGGGAUGAACGCCGAGAUGCAGUUUAACUUGGGCAACAUGGAAUCUGCAAAUGAGCUGUCAAACGCGGGUGCUGCUGUCCCAGUGGCGACUCCUGCCAUAGAUGCGACUGCUCACAAUGGCGCGGUGCGCCCUGUAACUACUGUAGCUCCUCCCGCUCCAGCGAUGGCCUAUCCGAAAAUGGGCAGUGAUCUAGAGCAGGUGGUCUAUCCAGUGGGCGCGACAAACGGUAUCGACCCCAUGUACAGCGAACAUGUCAACAAUGUGCCGUACCCAAUGCCUACCAAGACAGAGGUGGCCGAGACUUCCGAACCCCGCCGAUAUCCAGACAAUCGGAAGAAAGGCAAUCACGUCGACCCUGGGUGGAUACGUUCGCCCCAAAUCCUCCUGGUUGAGGACGACGCUACUUGCAGGCAGAUUGGUGGAAAGUUCCUCUAUUCAUUCUCUUGUGUUAUUGACACUGCAUUUGAUGGUUUGGAGGCUGUAAACAAAAUUAGAGGUGGUUCCAAGUAUGAUUUGAUUCUUAUGGAUAUCAUUAUGCCAAGUCUGGAUGGUGUGUCUGCAUGCCAUCUUAUUCGCCAAUUUGACCGAACUCCCAUCAUUGCCAUGACUUCCAACAUUCGAAGUGAUGACAUUCAGCUAUAUUUCCAACACGGAAUGGAUGAUGUUCUCCCGAAACCGUUUACACGGUCGAGCCUUCUUGAUAUGCUUGAGAAGCAUCUGGUGCAUCUCAAGCAUAUACCUCAAGGCAUUGAAGCUCCACCACCUGCUCCAGUGGCCAUGGCCCCGCAACCAUCAGCGUCCCAGUCAAUCAAAGAAGACAGUUCUCCAGGUCAAUCACCUGCCGGUUCCAUGAACAACUGGCAAUCGCCUGGUCAGUUCCAAAACAUGCAAGCUGUGCCACCUAACAUGCCUACUGUCCAAGGUCAAUAUGUCACCACAGCAACAGCACCACCAGCGGCAUAUGUGGUCGAUCAAAAUGGCGUUCAAUUCCCCCCACCGGUGGUUGCAGUCCCUUCUAACGGAGCCCAAGCUCGCCCUCCACAUCGACGACAAAUGUCCGAGAUGUCAAGUGUCACAGACAACUCAAAUAUGGCUAAACGACAGCGAAUGUAUGCUCAGCCCCAACCAAUGAUGGCCGUACAAGCGGGACGGCCUGUUUAA